AUGGGCCGAAAGUCAUCUACGAAGCCAUUGGCGAACAGGUUGACGAUUGUCAUAGUCGGUGAUGGUGGCGUUGGAAAGUCUAGCAUGACGCUACGGUAUAUCAAGGACGAAUAUAAUGACACCUAUGAUCCCACUAUCGAUGAUAGCUUUCUAUUCACAACAAUGGUCGAUAACGUUCAGUGGCAAAUUGAAAUUUUGGACACUGCUGGCCAGGAGGAAUAUCGAGGAUUGUGGGUGGAGCACGCUAUCUCUCAAGGCGACGCUUUCGUAGUCACCUAUGCUAUCAACUCGAUCGGAUCUUUCAACGCUGUUCCAAGUUUUUUGGAGAUUAUCAAGAAUGCAAAGAAAAAUUCCACGAGUCAACUUCGCGACCCACCCGCGGUUUCCAACAUGAGGCCAAAAGAUUAUCCUUUUCCAUUUGUUGUCGCUGGAAACAAGUCUGACCUGACUGACUCGAGACAAGUAGCAGAAGAUACAGGGUAUAAACUGGCAGAUGCAGCAGGCGGGAUGUUUUUAGAGUGCUCGGCGAAAGAAAACAUCAACAUACAGGAACUGUUUGCUGGACUUGUGCGAUCAAUUGUCUGGUUGCGUCAGAAGCAAAAUGCCUUGGGCCGCGAUCCAACGAACAUGUAG